AGAACACUCAUCAUCAGUUAUCAAUGAUGAUUUUGUUGAUGUCCACAAGUAUAUAAUGGUAAGUCUUCACAAUAGAAUAGUACUUUAUUAUGAAUUGUUUCAAGUGAUAAAUGACCACUUUGAUUUUUAACAAUGGCUAAUUUUAAUUCCGGGAAAAUCCCAACUGAAUUCCCUAUGACCAAUAUUUACCAUAAUGUCAUGGUUUAUUUCAAGAAAAACGAAUCGAAUGAAUACAACGAUAAAGAACUAGGAACAGGCACCCUUUAUGUUACUACAGACAUGACAGUAUGGAUCAAAAAAAAUGGUGAAGGAAACGGUUCCCCAUUCUACUUGAGCGAUAUUAACGAAGAGUCAAAAAAGAACGAUGCUAUUUUUGCUAAGAGGGUACUAGACAAACUGGAUGAGGAGAAGAAGGAAAGGAAAAAGCAAAAUGAUGAACUCAAAAAUGAGUUUAAGAGAGUAGAAGAAAAAAGCGCAGAGCUUGAAAGAAAGAUGGAAAAAUUUUAAGCGGAAAUUGAAGUGAGGUGCUGUGGAAGCAGCGUUAACCGGAAAGAGUUGGAGAAGAAGGUGGAAGAGAAAUAUGAAAAUGUGGAAAGUGUAUUAAAUAUGCUAAGAAAUGAUAUAGAAAGCAUUGAAGAUAAAAUGAAGAAAGUGUUCGAAAUGACAGAGGAGAUUGCAGUAAAAGAUAGAAUAGAAUUGACGAGAUCGUAAGAUGGAAAGAAGAUAUAGAGAAAGAAGAAAAAAAGAAUAACUUGAUAAUUUUCGGAUGUGAUAGCAGGGGUAUUGUAAACAAAGAGCAGGUCUCAAAGUUUUUCAUGGAAGAGUUAGGGACAAGUGUCACACCUGAAGACAUCGAUGAGGUCAAAAGUAUAGGAAGAAGUGAGAAUAAAAUGAUUUGGGUUAAAAUGAAGACGUUGAAGAAUAAAAAGGAGAUCUUCGAGAAUAGAUGGAA